UGGCGGAAAUUAAUUUUUGUAAGAUUGGCGUUUGAUUUUUUAAGAUGCGCGUUUUUUCAAAUUCGUUGACGAAAAGUCCGCUGACGUAAGGUCCAUUGACGAAACGUAUUGACGGAAAGUCCAUUGACGGAAAUUCUAUUGACGAAAAGUCUUGCCACCUAACUGCAAAUUGAAAUUCAUAGCUGGAAUUUGUAUGCUAUAAUCAAAUACAUCAACUCAGAUUCAUGCCUAUCAACUUUUAUUGUACUGGCUCAUCAUACAAACAAUGAGAAAUCAACGAUCAUUCACACCAAUGGAGAUAGAACCUGACAAACAUCUGAAGGGGAUGAAAGAGCUUUUGAGCACAAUGGACCCGCAGGCAGAUCCAAACACACACAAAGAAUUCAAGGAAAAAACGCAUGUAGUUUGUGCCAGGUUUUUGGGAGGUGCGUGGAAAACUGUUUCUCACGAAGACCUGAAAAUCAACAGAGUCAAGUUUGUUUAUAUGACGUUUUAA